AUGACUUCUUCAAAAUUUUAUGAUGGUGAUCACAAACAACAGUUGAAAAGCAGGAUCGUAAUCAACGGUCCGCGACCGUCGCCAUUAAAUAUCAAGCAAGAAUCUCACACUAUCCACAAACACCAUAACCAUCAUCAUGAGAAUCACCAGCAAAAACAAAUCCGAAAGCCGGUGAUAAUCUACAUUCAUUCUCCGGAGAUCAUCCACACGAAACCUCAUGAGUUCAUGGCUCUUGUUCAGAAGCUAACAGGUUGUUCUAGCUCCAAUGAUCAACAACAACAACAAAAGAAGAAGAAUAAUAAGAUGAAGAAUAAAACCCUAAAGCAAGAUGGGUAUGAUCUUAAUGUUAAUCAACUUUUUAAUAAUUCUGGUAUCACACAUAAGAUAGAUGAAAGUAUGAAAUCCAAGAGUCCGAUGUUUAAGACGCCUUCGAACCCGUAUGUAGCGGAUGUCCCGCUUUUUACACCGAAUACGAGUGAUCACUUCUUCUCGCCUCACCGUUUCUUGUCACCUGGUUCUAUUCUAGAGAUCAUAAAAGAGCUUCCUGAAUAUUGA